GGUAUUCGUUCUUUGGUUGAUUUUUUUAUUUUAUUUUUUCUUUUUCCUUUCUUCUUUUUCUUCCCAGUUGGAGUAAACUCGUGUUCUGUCUUUUAUUUUUCUGCUUGUAAAUGGACCGACGAAGUGUGUUUUACCUGCUAAUUGAAGGGUUUGAAGGAAAUCCAUUUUCGUUUGUGUAUAACUUUCAAGUGCUCUGUGUCUGUGUUUUCUGUUUUUGGAUGUGUUUGUUAUUCUCUGAGUGAAAAUACAGUUGCUGUGGUAGUCAGGAUUUGUUGUAUCAUGCAAAGGAGGAAGAUUACCACAGAUUCUCAGUACUAUGACAGAAAGGGGAUUGCAAAAUGGUGAAGGUCUUUUCAAAUUAUAGUUUUGAGAACACCUACAUUUUGUUGCGCCGUGGCUUUGAUUAUUAGUAUGACCGAUAUUUUCCAAAAUUUUCUUGGGAAAUCUUUCCUCUGUGAGAUUGUUGAGGAUUAUGUUACCACUGGUGCAGAACCCAUGAUUUGGGUGUGGCUUGUUGGAAAACCAAGCUUGAAACUCAAUUUUGAGAUUGAAUGGCUUGAUUGUGGAACAAGAUUGUUUGGAAAUCAAGCCAAGCUUUUCGGGAGCUUUCUGUUGCUCAAUUAGAAGGGUAGGGCAGGGUGGGGAGGUAAGUAGAUAGGGUAUGUAUGUGUAGUUACUAGUAAUUGAGAAGCCUAUUUAUUAGGUGGAUUGGAAUUUGGUCGUGUGCUGAAAAUGAGUAAAGCCGAAGAAAAUUAUUAAUUACCUGUUGUGAGUAGUGUGUCAAAUAUGCUUUUAAUUACCUGUUGGCUCCGAUGAUUUGUCUAUUUUGGUGUAUCUGGGGCAAGGAAAUCCUAGGACUUUUCAGGUGGAGGAGAUGUCCGACCAAAGUCUGAACUAUUAGAGUGGUCUCAACGGGUUUUGGAAUUUUGGAUGUCCAGGUGGAGGAGACGUCUGACCAAAGUCUGAAGUAUUAGAGUGGUCUCAACGGGUUUGGAAUUUUGGAUGUCCUUAACGGAGACUAGCCUCCCUAUUAAACAGAGGAAUUUAACAAAUCAGCAAACUUCUGUCCAAAUGCGGAAUGCUGAAUAUGUGGGUUUGGAGGACGAUGCUUCUCCCAAGUAUGAUAACUUCAAGAAGGUUUCCAUUAUACCUCUUGUUUUCCUUAUCUUCUAUGAGGUCUCUGGGGGUCCGUUCGGUGUUGAAGACACUGUCCAGGCAGCUGGCCCCCUUUUAGCUCUUCUUGGCUUUCUGCUUUUCCCAGUUAUAUGGAGCAUCCCAGAAGCCUUAAUAACUGCAGAAAUGGGUACAAUGUUCCCGGAGAAUGGUGGAUAUGUGGUUUGGGUUUCUUCGGCUUUGGGCCCCUAUUGGGGUUUUCAGCAAGGUUGGAUGAAGUGGUUGAGUGGAGUCAUUGAUAAUGCGCUAUACCCAGUUCUGUUUCUAGAUUAUCUGAAAUCAGCAAUCCCAGGUUUAGAAGGUGGGUUGCCUAGGAUAAUAGCGGUUCUAGCUUUGACUCUGGCUCUCACUUACAUGAACUACAGAGGUUUGACCAUUGUGGGAUGGGUUGCUGUGCUAUUAGGAGUGUUCUCAAUUCUUCCUUUUGUCGUUAUGGGACUGGUGGCAAUUCCUGAACUGGAGCCUUCAAGAUGGUUUGUUAUAGACCUGCACAAUGUAAACUGGGGUUUGUAUUUAAACACUCUCUUCUGGAAUCUGAACUACUGGGACUCAAUCAGUACUCUUGCAGGAGAGGUGGAGAACCCCAAUAAAACUCUACCAAAAGCUCUUUUUUAUGCUCUUAUUUUGGUUGUUCUAGGGUAUUUUGUUCCUCUUCUGGUUGGUACAGGAGCUAUACCACUUGAUCGGGAGAUGUGGGUUGAUGGGUAUUUCGCAGAUAUUGCUAAGAUUCUAGGAGGUAUAUGGUUACGAAGUUGGAUCCAAGGGGCCUCAGCUCUGUCAAACAUGGGGAUGUUUGUGGCCGAGAUGAGCAGUGACUCCUUUCAGCUUUUGGGGAUGGCAGAACGUGGGAUGCUCCCGGAUUUCUUUGCCAAGAGGUCUCGCUAUGGGACCCCUCUUACUGGGAUUUUAUUUUCUGCAUCUGGUGUGAUUUUGCUCUCAUGGUUGAGCUUUCAAGAGAUUGUAGCUGCAGAGAACUUCUUAUACUGUUUUGGAAUGAUUAUGGAAUUCAUAGCAUUUGUAAAGUUAAGGAUGAGAUACCCAGCAGCAUCCCGGCCUUAUAUGAUACCUGUUGGUACAACUGGAGCAAUUUUGAUGUGUAUACCCCCAACCUUAUUGAUUUGUGUGGUAUUAGCUCUUGCUUCUUUCAAAGUCAUGGUUAUUAGUCUCUUGGCUGUGAUGAUUGGGCUUGUUAUGCAGCCUUGUCUCCUUUAUGCUGAGAAAAAGAGAUGGCUCAGGUUCUCCAUGAGUUCUGACCUUCCAGAUUUUCAUUCUGCCUACCAUGGAGAUACCGAAUCAGGGAAACAGUAGCAAACCUCAGACUUUGACAAUGUAAUAAUGAGAUUUAGCCUCCUUUUAUUUGAACUUUUUGUCCUAGUUGUGUUUAUAAACAUCUUAAGAUGAUUAUGAAUAUGUGGCCAAGAGUUAUUCCUAUUUUAUAGAGGGUGAAUGAGAAUGUGAAGUUCAGUGCCAGUGAUUAAAAA